AUGAUCCAGGAGGCCGCCGCCAAGACACGGAACGCAGACCAAUUUGGUUGGGCUGUCUUUAUCGGGACUCUGCUUGGGCUCCCGUUAAUCCUCCUCGUUCUUUGCUCGGCCGUCCAACCGCAGAGCGCUGCUGUUGCCGCUGCACUGGCCAUUGCCACCGUGCCACUGUGCUGCUGCAUCAGCGUCUGCUCCAUGGGGGGAAGAGAUGGAGAUGAGACCUCACGGCAUUUGCUUGGAAAGUAUGACAUCAAUGUCCGUGUGGGUAUCCGGCUGGGCGGCCUCCUCGCUUUGUUGUCGCUCGUAGCCAUGACGGCCCAGCACAGCCUUCAAGGUUUCUGGUGGACCGCUUUUAUCGUGUGGCCUGUGGCCGUUUGCGGUGGCAUGUGGUUCUUAGUUGAAUACUGCGAUUCGUCACGCAAACUGACCGAUGAUGCCAAAAACACCCUAAAACGAGAGCACCAAGAAGCCCGUAACCGUACCCUCCACUUUGAAGGCAGCGUCAUCCGUGAACGGGGCCGGAAGUGCGUUGUGAGCUGGCCAGGGAAGUACGAAGGGGCCUGGGAGUCACUGGUCUCCCAGAGCCGGGACGGCCAGGUGAGUGCCGCGGUGGUUUUUCUACCGGAAUUUACGGAAGACUACGGCAAGUGCGACAGCAUCCCACUGGCUGAAGGCUUGCCCGGCAAAUGCUGGUGCACGCCUCUCUACGGGGAAAAGAAGGACUGGGGCUGCAGGUGGUUUAGCAAAUGGAAGGAAAACAUCGAGGUCGCCGUCGCCAGUGGUGCACAGCUGGAGGUCUACUUCUUCCAAGGCCAGGUGGGCCAGGGCAAAGUGGAGAGCUUCGAAUCCGCAGGCGAGGACAACCUGCGGAGAGAGAAGAUAAACGAAAAGCAGAAAGACUUCGAGGAGUCUGCUCAAUUCAAGCAAGCGCUGGACGCAGGCCUGGGCAAUCUCUCGAAGGAGCCGCGUGGCGACGGAUCCUCCCAGAAAAGCCGAGAAGUGCGGCGUUUGUUCCUCGCUUCCCUCCAAGAAGCAGAGCGCGAAUUUAUCACUGCCUCAGAAGGGCUCGGAAACUCCCAAAAAGCAGAAGUGGCAUGGCUGGAAAAGAAGGGCUACGAGUACUGGGCCGUGGACGUCUCCACGUGGCUUUCGGGAGGUCAGAGUUUUGUCCCAGCAUCUGCCGAACAGCAGCCCCAAUUGCUCGGCCGGCAGGACGACAUAUUUAGUGUUUAA